GGGUUUGGGGGACUGCAGUGGUUUGAAGUAUUGGAUGGACUACUGGGACCAAAGUGGAAAGCUAUUGGAUUGGCCUUCAACUGCACUUUCUUGGUCUUUGGUUCUGUUAUUCAGCUAAUAGGUUGUGCAAGCAACAUAUACUACAUAGAUGACAAAUUAGACAAGAGGACAUGGACAUACAUCUUUGGAGCUUGCUGUGCCACCACUGUGUUCAUCCCCUCAUUUCACAACUACAGAGUCUGGUCUUUUCUUGGCCUUGGUAUGACCACCUACACUGCUUGGUAUUUGACAAUAGCCGCCAUUGUUCAUGGCCAGGUUGAAGGGGUUACUCACUCUGGUCCACAAAAGUUGGUUCUGUAUUUCACCGGCGCCACCAACAUCCUCUACACUUUCGGCGGACAUGCUGUUACUGUGUAAGAAUAACUGUUGUUAUUUAUUGCACUGAAUAAGGUUAUUGUUUUAUUAUAACGAAGGAAAAGUUUAGAGAUUGAACUAAAAUUUGUUUGUGCAAUGAAUAUUUUUGGCAGCCUCUGGUUGCCAAUUGUCUGGUUUUGAGGAAGGAGACAAAAUCAUGAGACAAACCCAUUAAUGUUUUUUAAAACAGUAGCAAACGCUACUCUACUGGGUUUGGUUUCUUUUGGUUUAAGUCCAAAGUUGAAGUAAAUUUUUGCAUCAUCA